GGGGCACAGCGCUGGUUGGGGGGCAGGGGGUCUCUGCACCCUCCUUCCCUCCGAGCUGUCUCCCACUUUCAGCCAGCUGGGGGGGGAGGAAUGGGACAGUGAUUUCCCCUUGUUUCUCUGGAGCCGUGAGCAGCCCGGGUGGGCAGAGGAAUGCCCCCCCUUCCUCAGAUUAGGUGGGGAGCACUCUGUGCCUCAGCAAGCGCACCCAGCUUUUCCUUCUCCAGUCUGGACAUCUCCAUCCAAGCGACCUGUCUGUCUGUCCCAGUCUCCAUCUGUCCCCUCCCCCUCUCUGCUCUAUCCCCAAGGCCUCUGUCCUCGCUUCCCCUUGCUCAGCACAUCGUCCUCCGCCCACUGGGGUGAAAGUCCGGGCUGGGCCCCGUUAUCAGCUUCUGAGCAGGGUGAAGUGGGGGCGAAGGUCCUGAUGGGAAGGAGGGAUGAUAGCCAAGGAGGGCCGAUGGCCAAGGAGGCAGUGCAGGGGGAUGGGCGAGCAGGUGGCCAGCAGCUCCUCCAGAGCCUGGGCCCACACCCCAGAGAUGGAGAGGGGAUGAAUGGGGGGCUGGGGAUGUGGGGAUGUAUGUGUGAUGUAUUUAGCCUGUGGCACCCAGGACCAUAGUGUUACCCACCAGCCCUGGACCCCCAGAGCAGACAGACUCCCCACUGCCAGAUCUGGCCAGGGAGCCGGAGCUGAGGGGCUGGCUUGCCCUCUGUCCAUCUGUCCCGUUCAUUCCACCUCUCUUUCCCUCUAUCUCCUUCUUGUUUUCUUCUCCGUGUUCCUGGCUGUGGGCUGGGUAGGGGAGGAGUCUGCCAGCUUCUCAUGGGAGGGAGCCGGUGUGUUAAGUGGGAGCGAGGGAGUGAGAAAGAGGGCCACAGAGGAAGAGAAGGUACCCACGCCUGCUUGCCUGUCCGUAGGCAGGCUUGGGCACAGAUUUGUGGGUGGACUGCUGGCCUGGCUGCCAGUAGGAGCGAGCAGAGGGAGCCAGAAGGAGGGAGCAAGAAAACCACGGAGGGGAGAGAGAGCACUCAGCCGGAACAGAGGAAGGAGAAAAUCCACGAGGGACGAGUACAAGGCAUCUGAUCCAAGGAUCCCCCUUGGAAGGAAGGAGAGUGACAAUCCUAAGUGGAGGGAGAGCAAGAAAACUCUGAGGGGGAAAGUAGGAGCAAAGCGGGGGGUCGGGGGGGGGGGCGGAGAAAAUACCCCCGGGGAAGAGAAAAUACUCUGCUAGAAGAAGGGAACAAGAAAAUCCCACAGGGAGGAGUGUGGGGCAGGGGACUGCCUGAGGAGCACAGAGCCAGAGAGCACAGCAAGGGAAGGAAAGGAGGAAACGGAGCGAGAUUAAACCGGUCUGGAGUUUCGACGCAGUUCCCUCUCCCCUCCUCCGCUGGGGGCAACUUCACAGAAGAGGGGAACGAGUAAACAAGUUGGAGGGACGAGUGUACAGAUUGGAGACCAGGAAGGGAGAAGGGGCUGACUCCGAACCAGCCGGCUCAGCACCAGGGCACCAGGGGAUUAGACCAGAGCACCUAGGACUUGGGCUGGCUGGAAGGAUUGGUCCACGGGUGCAAGCCAGCCUGAGCCGGACUGAUUCUAUUGACCCAGUGCUAAGACCCGAGAGGCAGAGCCCUGCCAGGGUCUGAGGCCCAGAGCCCAGAAGCUGCCCCCGAGUCCAGAACCAACGAGCCGAAGCAGCCCCAGUGUCCCACAAGCCUCAGCACUGCUCAGCCCCAGUGUGGUCCAGGUCCACCCACCAUGGAGGAUGGGGCACGGCGCCGAAGCGGUUCCGAGAAAGGCCCAGAUGGGCCAGAGGAGCCUGCAGGGGAUGCUGUAGCCCUCAAGAAGGAGAUUGGUCUGGUCAGCGCCUGUGGCAUCAUUGUGGGUAACAUCAUUGGCUCAGGGAUCUUCGUCUCGCCCAAGGGCGUGCUGGAGAAUGCUGGCUCCGUGGGGCUGGCCCUGGUGGUCUGGAUUGUCACGGGGCUUAUCACCGCGGUAGGGGCGCUAUGCUAUGCCGAGCUGGGUGUCACCAUCCCCAAGUCUGGCGGUGACUACUCCUAUGUCAAGGACAUCUUUGGAGGCCUGGCUGGGUUUCUCCGCCUGUGGAUCGCGGUGCUGGUCAUCUACCCCACCAACCAGGCAGUUAUUGCGUUGACUUUUUCCAACUACGUGCUGCAGCCGCUCUUCCCCACUUGCCUGGCACCCGAGACUGGGCUGCGCCUCCUGGCUGCUGUAUGCCUCUUGCUGCUCACCUGGGUGAAUUGUGCCAGUGUGCGCUGGGCCACACGAGUUCAGGACAUCUUCACAGCUGGGAAGCUCCUGGCCCUAGGGCUCAUCAUCGUCAUGGGCAUCGUGCAAAUCUGCAGGGGUGAGUACUUCUGGCUGGAACCACACAACGCCUUUGAGUUCUUCCAGACGCCUGAUGUGGGGUUGGUGGCACUGGCCUUUCUGCAGGGUUCUUUCGCCUAUGGAGGCUGGAACUUCCUUAACUAUGUCACCGAGGAGCUCGUUGACCCCUACAAGAACCUGCCCCGUGCCAUCUUCAUCUCCAUCCCGCUGGUGACCUUUGUGUAUGUCUUCGCUAAUGUGGCCUAUGUCACCGCCAUGUCGCCUCAGGAGCUGCUGGCCUCCAACGCCGUUGCCGUGACCUUCGGGGAGAAGCUGCUGGGCGUCAUGGCCUGGAUCAUGCCCAUCUCUGUGGCCCUCUCCACCUUUGGGGGCGUCAAUGGGUCCCUCUUCACUUCUUCCCGGCUGUUCUUUGCGGGGGCCCGUGAGGGGCACCUGCCCAGCUUGCUGGCCAUGAUCCAUGUGCGGCGCUGCACCCCCAUCCCUGCCCUACUCUUCACUUGCGUGUCCACACUGCUGAUGUUGGUAACGAGUGACAUCUACACCCUAAUCAACUAUGUUGGCUUCAUCAACUACCUCUUCUAUGGUGUCACGGUAGCUGGGCAGGUCGUACUGCGCUGGAAGGCACCCAACAUGCCCCGCCCCAUCAAGGUGAGCCUGCUGUUCCCGGUGGUGUACCUGCUGUUCUGGGCCUUCCUGCUGGUGUUCAGCCUGUGGUCAGAGCCAGUGGUGUGCGGCAUCGGUCUGGCCAUCAUGCUCACCGGUGUGCCUGUCUACUUCCUGGGUGUCCACUGGCAGCACAAGCCUCCUGCCUUUCACGCCUUCGUGGAUGCCCUGACACGUGCCAGCCAGAAGCUGUGCCUGGUGGUGUACCCCCAGAUGGACGUGGGCAGCGCUGAGAGCCAGGAGCAACAGGAGCCCAUGUGCCAUGGUGGGGACCCUGAUGCUCCCCAGAACUAAGCACCCCCCUGGACUGCACCCCCAGCUGGGGCUGGAGCAGCUGGAUUUACCUUCCUCAGCCAGAGCUCCUGCCCCACAGCCUACUCCCCAGAGCCCUCUGCCCCUGGGAGCCUCCCCGCAAUCCCGGCCAACCAGUUCCACAGUGCCCCCACCAGCUACCACUCCUGCCCACACCCUUCCCAGUGCUCCCCCUGGGGCUGGAACAGCAGGAUCUACCCCCACCCCCCACCCCUAGACAGUGCUUCUGCCCCACAGCCCGCCCCCCAGCACCUGCUGGAGCAGCUGGGUCUACCUCCCAGCCAGCACUCCUGCCCCACAGCCCCUCCCCCCAGGUACCCCUGUUGGAAAUAAGGUGCCAAGACUUCCCCCCAGUUCCUGCCUCAUGGCCCUCAAGGCACCCAGUCCUGGGGUGACACAGGCCAUUGCUCCUGCCUCACAGCUCCCCACCCAGUGCCACCUGCUAGGGCUAGAGCAGCUGGAUCUAACCCCACAGCUAGCACUCCUGCCCCACAGCACCCUAGGCGUGGGCUGGUGGGGCUGAGAGCCCCCCUCUGAAUCGCAAUUGCCUUAUCCCCAAGGGGGGAAGAUCUUUGGAGGCCCCCAGUUAUUUGGGGGGGGGGGGGUCUUCACCCCCUAGCUCUGAUGGCCUUGUCUUUUUCAUGGUGUUUCUCUGUGUUUGGAUGACAAUAAAUGGAACCGAAGGUG